GAGAAAGGAGGAAGCAAAUUCCGCCGGCAUUCCCACGCCUGCCACAGUUCCUUCGUACGGCCCUUCCUUUCUCGGGAGGGUCUCUUCAUCCCGGAGUCUCCUCUUUAUGAAAUCACUUAAUCCCUGGCUUUACUAUUUCCACAUCCUCUCCCUGAUUAGUCCUAGCUUCAAUUGCUCUUUCACUUGCAAAUUCCGCAAGAGCUCUAGGCGACAAAGAGUUAUGGAGAAGCGCCUGCAGGAGGCUCAGCUGUACAAGGAGAAAGGGAACCAGCGUUACCGAGAAGGAAAGUACCGAGAUGCUGUAAGUAGGUACCAUCGAGCUCUGCUUCAGCUGCGGGGUCUGGAUCCAAGUCUGCCCUCCCCGAUACCUAAUCUAGGACCUCAGGGCCCGGUCCUCACACCUGAACAAGAGAACAUACUGCAUACCACCCAGACAGACUGCUACAACAAUCUAGCUGCCUGUCUCCUUCAGAUGGAGCCAGUAAACUACGAACGAGUGAAAGAAUACAGUCAGAAAGUUCUGGAACGACAGCCUGAUAACGCCAAGGCCUUGUACCGGGCUGGAGUGGCCUUUUUUCAUCUGCAGGACUAUGACCAGGCUCAGCACUACCUCCUGGCUGCUGUCAGUAGGCAGCCAAAAGACGCCAACGUCCGGAGGUACCUCCAGCUAACUCAGUCGGAACUCAGCAGCUACCAUCAGAAAGAGAAGCAGCUGUACCUGGGCAUGUUUGGUUAACAAAGAAGAAAGACACUCCUCUACUUUAAUUUAGAUGAACCGUUAAAGACCCAUGAUGGGAAACCUGAGCCUCAGCAAGAGAAAUUAACCCCAUACCUCUGACCCAGGCGGAUUUGUUUUCUUUCUAGCUCCGCACAAACUCUUUGGCGCUUGUGCAGGCUGUCUUUUUUUUUUUUUUUUUUUUUUUGGUCUGUCCAUCUAUGUAUUUGUAUAGCUUUCCAUACGUGAUAUUUUUGGGGAUAUUUGCCUUGAGAAAUACAAUCAGCUAUAGGUGGAAUUAAUCCUAUCUAUGGCAUAGAUUUUAAUGACAGAUGUUAGAUGUAUCCAUAUACAGGGGAGAAAGCUCGUAAGGAUGAAAUCAUGAUAGCAAAGAGUUUUUUCUUUGUUUCCUCAAAUGCCCAAAGCCAAAGUUGCACAGGUUACAACCCAGGAAAUAUAUAUUUUUUUGUGAAAAUAGACAGCUACAAGUUGGACCCACGUGACUUAAACAAUUUGAAAUUAAUCAACUUGAUUAAAUCAUUCCUUACUAUUAAUAUUCCAUGUACAUUCCGAUCUCCCUCCCCCAAACAAAAGCAUCUGGUUCCUAUUUUUUCUGGUGAUAAUUUUAGUCCCUGCUAUUGUUGAUUCUCAGAUCAGACAAUAUUCUUAUUUAUUUUUUUUCAUUAAACUCUUCUAUCUUAAUGGGGCGCCUGGG